GCGGCGAAGCCGGGGGACGGCGACAGCUGGGCAGCGGGCCGCAGGCGGGGGGUCAUGGGCAAGGACUAUUACCAGACGCUGGGCUUGGCCCGGGGCGCUUCGGACGAGGAGAUCAAGCGGGCCUACCGCCGCCAGGCGCUGCGCUACCACCCGGACAAGAACAAGGAACCCGGCGCCGAGGAGAAGUUUAAGGAGAUCGCCGAGGCCUACGACGUGCUCAGCGACCCGCGCAAGCGCGAGAUCUUCGACCGCUACGGGGAGGAAGGACUGAAGGGCGGCGGCCCCAGUGGCGGCAGCAGCGGCGGUGCUAACGGUAACACUUUCAGCUACACGUUCCAUGGGGACCCUCACGCCAUGUUCGCGGAGUUUUUCGGUGGCAGGAAUCCCUUCGACACCUUUUUUGGGCAGCGGAACGGGGAGGAAGGCAUGGACAUCGAUGACCCGUUCUCUGGCUUCCCCAUGGGAAUGAGUGGUUUCACCAACUUUGGACGCACCCGCCCUGCCCAGGAGCCCACCCGCAAGAAGCAAGAUCCCCCCGUCACCCACGACCUCCGGGUCUCCCUUGAAGAGAUCUACAGCGGCUGUACCAAGAAAAUGAAAAUCUCCCACAAGCGGCUGAACCCCGACGGAAAGAGCAUUCGAAAUGAAGACAAGAUCUUGACCAUCGAAGUGAAGAGGGGGUGGAAAGAAGGGACCAAAAUCACCUUCCCCAAAGAAGGGGACCAGACCUCCAACAACAUUCCAGCCGACAUAGUCUUUGUUUUAAAGGACAAGCCCCACAAUAUCUUUAAGAGAGACGGCUCUGAUGUCAUCUAUCCUGCCAGGAUCAGCCUUCGCGAGGCUCUGUGUGGCUGUACGGUGAAUGUCCCCACUCUGGACGGCAGGACCAUACCUGUAGUAUUCAAGGAUGUCAUCAGGCCCGGCAUGAGGCGAAAAGUCCCUGGAGAAGGCCUCCCCCUCCCCAAAACCCCCGAGAAACGCGGAGAUCUCAUUAUCGAGUUCGAAGUGGUCUUUCCCGAAAGGAUUCCCCAGACAUCCAGAACCGUACUGGAGCAGGUUCUUCCGAUAUAGUCACCUGCGCUUCCCAAGGACUGACCAGGGACCUUUCCAGAGCUCAAGGAUUUCCGGACCAUUCUACCAGUUGUGGACCAUGAGAAGGGCGGGAGGGCCCAGGGAGGGCUUUCAUAAUGCUGAAUGUUUUCCAGAGAAUAUAUUACAAUCUUUCAAAGUCGUG